CCCAAGAACAUUUCUUAAACCAGAGGAUGAAGAAAGAUUUGAUGAAUCGAAGUGAAUUUCAAAAGUUAGGAUUCGAAAACGUUAGAUACUACACAGAGACGCCGUACGGAGGACAGUCGUCGGCGUCGACGAGCAGAUAUUACGGUGAAGAUGAACCAUACGUUGAGAUCACGCUUGAUAUCCACGACGAUUCUGUCUCCGUGUACGGCAUGAAGUCACCAGACCAUCGAGGCGCCGGAUCGAUUUAUGAGGAUCAAUCGCUUCUCAGACAAGGUCGGUCAGGGAGGAGUAACUCGGUAUUGAAACGCUUGGCUUCUUCGGUUUCUACCGAACUGAAACGAGUUGCUUCUUCCGUUUCGUCGUCUUCGGCAAGAAAACCACCGCGGCCGCAGAUAGCUAGGCUGCGCCGUUCGAAAUCUAGAGCAGAGCAGGCUCUCAAAGGUCUCAAAUUCAUCACCAAGACUGAUGGUGUUACUGGUUGGCCUGAAGUUGAGAAACGGUUUUAUGUGAUAACAAUGACUACUAACGGAUUAUUACACCGAUCCAAAUUCGGUGAAUGUAUAGGGAUUAAAUCGACGGAGUUUGCGUUGGCAUUGUUCGAUGCUUUAGCGAGGAGGGAGAACGUAAGUGGAGAUUUAAUAAACAUGAAUGAGCUUAAAGAGUUCUGGAAGCAGAUCACUGAUCAAGAUUUUGACUCGAGGCUACGAACUUUCUUUGCAAUGGUCGAUAAGGAUUCGGAUGGGCGUUUGAAUGAAGCCGAAAUUAUAACUCUAAGUGCUUCUGCAAACGAGCUGGAUAACAUUAGGAGACAAGCUGAUGAAUAUGCUGCUUUGAUUAUGGAAGAACUAGAUCCUUAUCAUUAUGGGUACAUUAUGGUAUGCACUUGCUACAAUGCCAAACAGAUAGAGAACCUGGAGAUACUACUAUUGCAAGCGCCGAUGCAAGAUGUGAGAGAUGGGGAGAGUAAGAAGCUGAGCAAGAUGCUAAGUCAGAAUCUCAUGGUUCCGCAGAGUAGGAAUCUCGGGGCACGUUUUUGCAGAGGGAUGAAGUAUUUUUUGUUUGAUAAUUGGAAGAGAUUGUGGGUGAUGGCUCUAUGGAUAGGUGCUAUGGCGGGGUUGUUCACGUGGAAGUUUAUGGAGUAUCGAAAAAGAUCCGCUUACCAAGUCAUGGGAGUUUGUGUUUGUAUAGCUAAAGGAGCUGCAGAGACGCUUAAACUAAACAUGGCUAUGAUUUUGUUACCAGUUUGUAGGAACACCAUCACUUGGCUCCGGACCAAAACCAAGUUAAGUGCUAUUGUUCCUUUCGAUGACAGCCUCAAUUUUCACAAGGUCAUAGCAAUAGGAAUUUCAAUUGGAGUUGGAAUCCAUGCUACAUCUCACUUAGCAUGUGAUUUCCCCCGGCUGAUAGCUGCAGAUGAAGACGAGUAUAAGCCAAUGGAGAUGUAUUUUGGGCCACAGACAAAGAGAUAUUUGGACUUUGUGCAAUCGGUAGAAGGAGUUACCGGGAUUGGAAUGGUUGUACUAAUGACCAUAGCCUUCACAUUGGCUACUACAUGGUUCAGACGUAAUAAGCUCAAACUUCCUGGACCACUGAAGAAAAUAACAGGCUUCAACGCCUUCUGGUACUCUCACCACUUGUUUGUUAUCGUCUACUCGCUUCUUGUCGUUCACGGAUUCUACGUAUACCUCAUCAUCAAGCCAUGGUACAAGAAAACGACAUGGAUGUAUUUGAUGGUACCGGUGGUUCUUUACUUGUUUGAAAGGCUGAUUCGGGCAUUCAGGUCAAGCGUUGAGGCUGUCUCAGUACUAAAGGUUGCUGUGUUACCAGGGAAUGUCUUGUCGCUUCACUUGUCAAGACCAACCAACUUCAGAUACAAGAGCGGACAAUACAUGUAUCUCAACUGUUCUGCAGUUUCUACAUUAGAAUGGCAUCCAUUCUCAAUUACCUCAGCUCCAGGAGAUGACUACCUCAGUGUACACAUCAGGGUUUUAGGAGACUGGACUAAGGAAUUAAGAUCAUUAUUCUCUGAGGUGUGUAAGCCACGCCCUCCUGAUGAAAACAGACUGAACAGAGCCGACUCGAGGGACUGGGAUAACAUUCCUAAAAUCCUAAUCGACGGUCCAUAUGGAGCACCAGCACAAGACUACAAGAAGUUUGAAGUUCUUCUACUAGUGGGUCUAGGAAUCGGUGCUACUCCAAUGAUCAGUAUUGUGAAGGACAUAAUCAAUCACUUGAAAGGUGUAGAAGAAGGCAGUAACCGAAGACAGUCGCCGAUCCACAAUAUGGUCACACCUCCUGUUUCUCCAUCAAGAAAAAGUGAGACGUUCAAAACCAAGAGAGCUUACUUCUACUGGGUCACAAGAGAGCAAGGGUCGUUUGACUGGUUCAAGAACGUGAUGGACGAAGUGACCGAAACAGACCGAAACAACGUGAUUGAGCUGCAUAAUUACUGCACUAGCGUCUACGAGGAAGGAGACGCAAGGUCCGCACUAAUCACGAUGCUCCAGUCUCUGAACCAUGCUAAGCACGGAGUGGACGUUGUGUCAGGAACACGUGUUAUGUCCCAUUUCGCUAGGCCAAACUGGAGAAGCGUUUUCAAAAGGAUCGCUGUGAAUCAUCCCAAGACUAAAGUCGGAGUGUUUUAUUGCGGAGCAGCUGGAUUAGUGAAAGAGCUACGACACUUAUCACAGGAUUUCUCUCAUAAGACCUCCACCAAGUUCAUUUUCCAUAAAGAGAAUUUCUAAAAAAUUACGUUUGGAGAUAUAUAUUUAACAAGAGUAUUUGAUAUAGUUGAAAUUGUACAUAUAUAGUGAGAUUUGAUAUAGUUUUGGUUUUUGUAUAAAAAAAGAUAAGGAACACUAGAUCAUAUUUGUAUCUUAAUACUAAAACUACAGAACAUUA